AGUAUUGUCUGACCGCCGCUUCCCUGACUAGCCCGCUGUUAACUAAAACAGCCGCAGCACGCAUCACUAAACCUCAUUGAGCUAGCGAUGGUGCCCUUCACUUAAGAGAGUUACGGUAGGCGGGCAGUGUCAUAUCGGAUCCUCCAGCCGCUGUAGGUUUAAGUUUCAGCAGCUCUGGAAACACAAUGUUACGAGCCGGUCAGUCGCCCGGCUGUUCUUUAUGACUGAAGAGAUACGCGGCUGCCGGUUAUCUGUGUUUGAGACGGGGCGGCAGUUUUAUUUAAUGAAUGAGCAUGAUGAAGAGAAUAAGUGCCAGAAGGGGAAUGCAUGGGUGUAUGGAUGUUAUUAACUGAACAGUGCACACCCAUGGGGAGAAGUUAUAACUUGUCACCCACAGACUUGUCUGCUUUUCGCACUUUUGGCCUCCCCUGUACCAAGCUGCGUAUCUAGUGUUCUGGCUGAGCGCUCUCUCAGCGGUCGAAUCCAUUCCAAGGAGUCCCGGGGGAGCCUGGAGUCAGCGAGAAAAGAAUGGCAGAGCCUUCAUUGCUGGACCUGCGAGACAUUGAAGUGAAGAUGGGGCGCAAAGUUCCUGAAAGUCUGGCAAAGUCAUUGCGAGAAGAGCAUUACUGGGACUGGAGCAAAGACGGGCGAGAGGGAUACCCCUCUGAGAUACUACCUGGCACCUUCCCACAGAGCAGCUCCCUGGAGAGGCUGGAGAGUAAGAUCCAGCUCCUGAAACAAGAUAUGGUGUAUCUGCGAGCUACGGAUGUGAAACUGAUGAGGCAACUGCUGAUUAUAAAUGAGAAUAUUGAGUCCAUCAAGUGGAUGAUGGAGGAGAAGGACAUUGUUACAAGCCAAGGCAGCAGCCUCAGUGGGAGCCUUUGCAGCUUAUUGGAAAGUCAGGACACAUCAUUGCAAGGAAGCUGCAACAGUUUACAGGACUGCAGCGAUGGAAUGGAUGAGAUGUCAGUAGGCAGUUACCUGGAUACUCUCGCAGAUAUUGUUCCAAGACAUUGUACUCCAUCUGAUUUUGACCAAUACAGUGACACCCAAGAGAACGCUAUCAAUCAUCAACCUAUUAGUAACAAUUCAAGCAAUCAAUCUGAUGAAUACUAUUGCUUUAGAUAGGCUGCUGACUUAUAAAUGUCCAUAUUAGAUGCAGGUUUUUUUUUCUGAGUUGCAGAGAGCACACAAGGAACUACAUCUAAGUUUUUGAAGCAACCACAGCAAUAAAAUACACAUUCCACCUACAAGUCAGCACCAUCUGUGGAUAUAAUAGAUACGUAGAGGUUGCCAGUAUCAAUAAAUCCUUCCCAAAUUAACUUAAAACACUUGAGACAAUUUGUCUCUGCAAUUAGUUGAGAAAACUCACUAAUCUUAACCUGUGGAGAUCAUGAUUCCUAUACCCGUAUUGCAUUGUCUAAUCUCUCUCCAAUUAUUGAUAGAAAUUGGAUAUUUCCAUUUCACAACACUAAGGGGGUUAUUUACUGAACUCUGAAUGCAAAAAUUCAGAAAAAUUUGUCAUUGUUUAGUAUAAAAUCGGACUUUAAAAAAAGCUCAAGUCCCUAUGUUUUUUUGAUGUGUGCUGGGUUUUGUGCAAUGCCCCGAAGAGUUUGGAUUUUUCAAGAAAAAACAUACAAAAUCAGAGAUUUUGGGUGGAAAAUCCAAUAAAAGCUGGAAAUUCUGGCCGCAAACCACAUAUUCGGGAAAAUCUAAUAAUAAAUAAGCUGAAAAACCCCAUGCAGAUGUAAUAAGAGUUUUUGGCAGAACAUGUUGAGAUAAAUUCGGAUUAAGCUUGUGGCACAACUUUCGCAUUAUUAUAUGUUUGUUUAAUGGCUGUUUUAACACAAGAUUCCUUUAUAACUUCCUGUUGUGUUGUAUGACAAGAGGUUAAACAUGUGUGGCCUGGAAACAAGGAAUGCACAAAGGAAUUUCUACUCACUUUUUACUACCUUUAAAUACAAGUUCUUCAUUUUACAUGAUCUUUACUUUAAGGGGGUUAUUUGUCAAAGGUCAAGUUUGUGAAGUUUGUGAGUUUUUUUUCUACCUCAAAUAAAUUCACAACUUGAAUGUUUGCUUAUUUAUGAAAAAACUUGAAUGUAGAAACUCAAAUCAAUGCAAUCGGGGGGGAAAGCGCAAACCACACGAAAAAAAAACAAAAUCAUGAAGGCUAAAAAGUAGUGAUGGGCGAAUUUCGUUUUGCUUUGACAAAAAAUUUGCGAUAUUCGCAAAACACGAAUUUUGAUGCCCGCGUCAAUUUUGACAUUUGCGUCAAUUUUUUAAAGUCAAUGGCCGUCCGAAUAGUGUUGUGACGGUUUUGACGUGAGGGACUUUUCAGAUUCAAGCUUUCUGCAACUAUAGGGCAUAAUAUAUCUCUAAAAAUUCGAGUUUUUACUGAGACUACCACUGAAAACUCAACCUUUGAUAAAUAACCCCCUAUUUUUUAUAGUCCCAUCUGCAUCUAAAAGUCCAGGUGUACUGUUUUCAUUCAAAAUGUACUUUUGAAGUAUUUAUUAUUGUAAUGAUACAUUUUUUUGAAAAUUCUAUGUAUAAUAUAAUUGCAUAUUUUUAACUACAAUCAGGGAAAGUUGUUCUAUAUAAUGAUAAAACUGCCACACUUUCAAUACAAGACUUGCAAAAGUGUUUUCUUUUCAGGCAUAAUUACUGGAAUAAUACUGAAAUUUCUUCCGUUUUAUACUGAAACAAACCUGGUUAAACAUAUAAUAAGCACAUAAUAAACUAAGGUGUCCUACCAUA